UCCGCUCCGUGUGGUUGUAGCAUUUUGUGUGUAAAUAAUGAUAAAAAAAUACUCAAAAACUCUAAAAGCAACUCCAUUCGUGGUACUUGUGCGGUACCGUAGCAGCGUAAAACAAGCGUCGUUCUCGGUGCACUUGAACGCUUGAACUUUCAUAUAUACCAUAAGAACAACCAAUUUUUACAUACACACAUACACAUGAACAUGCAUUGUACGAUUCCAUCCCCGUAUAUUCAAGCAUAAACCAUAUAAGCGCGCAUAAACGUCCGUUUGUUUUUGGAAGCGAAGAGAAGGCGAGUGCUCGUCUUCACGUUACAUUUGGCCGUCAUCAAGGGACGCUGAUGCGUUUCAUCAUCUCAGUAGCAUAAGCAGAGGGACCGCCCACCCCGUCACCAGUAGGAGCGGUGUCGUGUGUGUGUGUCUGUUUUUGUUAGUAGAAGACUAGUAUGUAGGAUAAUGAGUAGUAGUGCUAGGGUAGGUGUGUCUGAGUGUGUGUUUUCCCCGGUCCUUUUUGUAGUACUCUCAUCUUUUUUUGUCUAGCUCGAAGAUCAUCAUUUAAAAGACCCUCAACAACACACACACUUUUGGAGAUUGGUUUUGUGUCUUCCAUUGCGAUCGUGUCACGCCACGACGUGCGUCCUCAUCAUCUUGUAAUAUGCGACCGAAAUCGCUCAUGAAAACGACACACACGCACCCACACAAUCCAAAGUUCACGCUUAACACGCCCUCUCCCCCCUCCCUGGAACGAGGGCCUACCGUGGUGUUGGCAUGUGCGUCGCUAACUUCCUGCCUCUGUAUUUCUGUACUUCCGAACAGUGUAGUGUCACAGAUCCCUUCAAUACUAACCCAUCGCGGCAGCGAUACGGCGGCCUCUUCGUCCCCGCCACCUCCGGUACUACUAACAACUUCCCACCAGCAGCAGCAGCAGCGCACCACACUGCACCAACGACACCACUCGACUCCCCUGCCACUGUCACUGCCAAUGUCGCUGUCUGCGCCGGACGAGUCGCUGGACGCAGAUCCACCACCACCGUCUGCACCCUACAGUGGGUAUCAGAACACCAGUCCCGCCUCGUUCCGGAGGUCUCAGCCCCGGCCGGAGCACGGUGGCGACUCGCCGAACCGGAUGCUUAGCCGUCUGUUUAGUAAAAGCUUCUUCGACGACUUUCAAACGGCACUGGAGCAGGUCGAUCGUGUGCCUGCUGCCGGUGGUCGUGGCUCGUCCGAUCUGCUAACGGUGACGGGUGUGCAAGAGCGACGGCCGCACCAUAACGCCUUACUGCUGCAGCAGCAGCAGCAACACCACCAUCAACACCACCAUCAUUAUCAGCAUGUGCCACCACGGCCCGGGCAUGUUAGCCGAAGCAAUAGCAGUAGCGUUGGAUCGGUCCGAUCGAUGGCGCUCGUGCCGACGCGGACGCCUUCCCCGCUCGACUUCCGUACCAUGUCCUUCCGGCGGCCCCGUUCGCUGGCCAGUGAGGAGCAGAGCGGUGGCAAGCAGUCCGCAACCCGUACCGACAGUGGUUACGAGAAGUACUAGCGUGUACCUGCCCCGGACUGGUAGUGUGCGAGUAGUGUAGCCUUAGCGAGAGUCGUCGGACAGCGGCAAAGAGACACGGUCCGCCGAUGCGGUUAGACCGUUGUCGCGAUGAUGGGCACCGUGGUGACAGGUUUUCCUACCAGAGCUUCAUCCUUGCUAUAUCUCUCGCUAUCCCACUCUCUCUCUUUUGCCUUACAAAGGGAUCAAAACCGCUCGUGUAUGUUGUGGCCAUAGUCAUCUCAUUAUGUUUGUGCUGAUGUUGUUGUUGUUGUGUUGUCGUUUUGGUUCCUCUAGGUCCACUCCUAUUCACCUGUUUACUGUAAAUUUCUAGCUCGGUACGCUACACUCGUUUACUUGCUUGAUUGUUGUCCCCCCCAGUGUGUUUGUGUUUAUUAUCACGUUCCGACACAAUUCCCUUUAGGAGAGGACAUUUGGUAUUAGCAGCACUACACUGUCGGUGAAAGUAAAGAGCUCUUCUCUGCGUUACAUUCGAGCAGCGUUACAUGCUAAAGAAAAUCCCCAAGUUGCAUUUUGAUCAUACCUUUUUUUUUCUUUAUUUUUAUAGAGACUUUAAGCCUAUUGGCCUCAUUUGCCUCUUUUUACCUUUCGACGUCGACUAUCCGGUGUUGGUUUUGUAACAUUCUAAUUUUUCAACCAAACUAUUUAAACCAAAUAUGAAAUAGUUUCGUGUAGUUUUGCUUUAAGUUUGUGAUUUUCGUCGCUUCAUUAGUUAUUUGAUUUAAUUCUGAAGUGAGACAACAUUUUAUUGUUUUUUAAUGUUUUAGUAACUUGAUUUUUUUAUUCAGAAGGAACGAUUCAAAAAGGCCGUAUUGCUUAUAUAGUAACUUAAUAUUGUUAAAAAAAAUCAAAUUUUAUUAUUUUAAACUCCGCUGCAAGACAAAUCGAAAAAUUACGGUAACGAAUACGAAAAGUCAACCGACCUCAAAAAAAAUAUUAAAAAUCUGUUUUGCUUUGAUUACCAUUUGGAUGUCAUUACAAACUUUUUCAUACGAUCUUAUAAAGUUGACAUACUUUAUGGACUCUGUGUGACAUUGAGUGAUACUUGCAUGUCUUUUUUUGCUGGUACUUGAAAAUAAGUUUGUUUUUUUUUUCAAACGAUUAUUUGGUUUUCUCUUUUUAUCAAGACAAGCAACUCAAAAACAUGCAUUUGUGUGUAAACACUAAAUUUUAGUAGUCCGAUAACGCCCGAACCAAAAUAACGUUUCCUAAGUGCAUUUUUUGCAUCAUUAUCACAUCUAAGUUUGAAUCCCUUCAUUGAGAGGUACGAAAAGCUUUCAUUUAAACUAAAGGUGUUAAAAACGAAUCUUUUUGAAAAUCGGCUCAGUCCCGGUUCAUUCAAAAACGUAUCCCGGAUCAUUUGAUCGGGUCAAUCGAUCAAUCGUUCGUUCUCUGCUAACUUGACAAUUAAUGCCAAAUCUGCAGUAAAAGUGAAAGAGAACAUCUUUUACAGGGCUUUUCCAAGGUUUAUUUGGUUAUUUCCUAAAUUUGUUUUGGAUGCUUCCCAUAAUUUUUUGGUUCUUGCGAACCGGUUAAUUCAUUUUUUUUCUCGUGAACUGAAUGAACCGCAUGAUGCUGGUUCAUUUGGCACAUCUCUAGUACAAUACAAUCGCCAAAGUCGCAUUCACACGAUUAGCGCAGAAGAGUCAGGGUGUGUGUUAAUUUUUGUACGGAAUUGACAUUUCGCACGCAUAUAUCUCCAUUCGAUUGCAUAUUGUGAACAAAUAUGCUAUUCGCGUACACACGCCUUAAUAUCCUUUAUCAUUCGUCUCUGUUUCCCUCAGAGAAGCGAUCAUACGGAUCUUUCAAAAACGAAUGCAUGUUACCUGCUCACUUGCGCAUUCGAUCAUUCGCUCUUGUAUCUCUAAGAGAAGCGAUGAUCCGGAUCUUUAAAAAACUGAUGCAUGUUUCACUCGCUCACUUUUCAGAUCCGGAUCGUUCGAAUCCGUAUCUGUUCAAUAUUUUUGAGCUGUUUGUCUACGGUUUUGGGCACAUUAGAUCAUAGCUUCUUUUGGGCUUCUUGCAAUAUUCCUACUUCCGCAGUACAGUGAUACAUUGAAUAUAUGGUUACACCAAUAUGCUGCUUGGGUGUUAGACGUACAGGCGUAACGCGUAACGCUAACGUAACGUAGAGGAAUGUUUUGUACUUUUAUCCUACUGUCACACUAGCUACACUAGCACAGUAACACUAGUAAGCGUUUAGUGGCACAAUCAGUGCUUUACCACCGCUGUACAUACACUUUCCUUCUUCUCACGUUGAUGUCUGGUAGACAAAUUGGGUGAUCAUUUGUUGAAUAAGAAGGCUUUUCUCUGAUUUGUUCCUCAUUUUUUUAAUCACGCACAAAAUCGAACUGAAAAACUUCCAUUCUAAUCCACACAUCUCAUGUUUGGUUUUCUUCAUACCUCUCACGACCGAGAUGUUUGUGUAAAUGUCGUGUAAAACUGUAACGUUGGUACCGUGAUGUUAAUGUGUGUGUGUCUUUUUCUGAUAUAUUUCUUUAAAUAUUUGUCUUUUUUCCCUUUUCUUUCCCUUCUUUCGGGAUAUAAUUCGAUUCUACCACUGCGUUCCUCAACCAUCAUCAACGAUCCAUCGGCCCAAACGAUUCUGCUUCGUUCUUGUCUCGUUCACAAACACACCCAACCCUACACAAAUCCCCCUAAAACUAAAC